AUGUCUGAGUCUUUGAGUCAAGGCGUAUCCCGCAAAGGCAGGAAGAAGGCACUCCUCAUCGCGGUGAGGCAUGUAAUGGGGAUCGAUCAUUGGCUCCCAUACACACACUAUGAUGUACAAGAGUUCAAAGAACUUCUUAUCGACCAGUAUGGCUACGCUGAAGAUGAUAUUGUGAUGCUGGUGGACAACCGCGAAUUGCACAAAUCGUUCUGGCCUUCUGAAGUCAAUAUUCUCAAGAGGAUUGAAUGGCUCGUUGAAGAUGUUGGAGAGCACGACAUGCUGGCAUUCUACUGUUUGUCUUCACUCAUAGCUAUAUCCGUUAGACUCACCCUUCACCCUAUCUCGUCAGACUCGGGUCACGGCGGACAGACUAUUUGCCACCAUGAUAGUGAAGAUAAUGGUCAAGAUCAAGUUAUCUAUGGAUAUAAGGGUGGCAAGAUUAUCGACAACGUCCUGAAGCAGCAUCUGGUGGAACCAGUGUUGAAAGCGAAGGGUUGUCAAUUGUUCGCUUUGUUCGAUUGCUGUCAUUCCGGAACUAUCCUCGACCUCGAGCAUUCUAACUGCUGCUUUCCAUCACCGUCCCCUGUUAAACCCGUUGUGACCUCCAGCCAGCAAAGCGACAUGGAUGCAAGUCGAGCACCCCUUGUUGAGAAAUGGUCAUGGUUGUCGAAAAAAUAUCAUAUUUUCCUCCCGUCCGCCAUUGGGCUUGUAAACCGUGUCAUGUUGCAUCUUCAUAAUCACGCUGCGAGAAUACUGAAGGUCUUUCUCUCGAGCACACCACCUUGUGCCAAUGAAAUCAAUGGACCUGUGCAGACUGCACCUUCAAGACCACCAGUCUCAGUCAUUACUGGCUUUGUUUCUCAGUCGCAAUGGCUCACGUCCCCACAUCGGACUGCGAUGUCACCCAUCUCAAUAUACCCAAAUGCUAGUUGCAACGGUACUUGUGUCAUGACUGCAGAAGAAGAGAAUCAAGGUCGUGUUGUGUGCCUGUCAGCUUGUAGAGACAGCGAGGAGGCACAUGACGAUAAUAUGACAGGUGCGACUUUCACAAAGUUUUUUAUUUCUUCACUGAGGAAGAACUCCAGUAUUUCUUACCGGGGCUUACUUGACGAUGUUAAGUCUCAAGUUGCCGACCUUGAGCAAACGAGGUUAGCAGUGAUGUGGAGAAAGACUUUUGGCCGGUUUCCGGUCCGAAGGAAACAAUUCGAGGUCACAUCGGAAAGUUCAAUCAACCGGAAAGGCUUAACUCAAGAACCUCGAGACUGGGACAAGAAGGUUUCAAUCUAA